GUUCCGGGGUCCCCAUACCCGGAAGUAGGUCAUUUCCACGGAAGCCUGACAGACUCUUUGCGUGUUGCUUUUGUAAGUUGUAUUUUUGCAUGGCAUUUAAUGAAAAUCUUGCAUUCUUAACGGAAUAUUGGCGUGCAUUUGGACCAUCUGAAUGCUGAGUGUGCGGACUCUUUUUGGCAUCGGCUUUCUGGUGACCUCACGGGCCGCAGCAGUUUUUGCUCAAACGGGUAAAUGCCCACUUUCACCUUCAGCUAACAACCACCAGAAGAACUGUCACAGUAGCAGACAAUCUUCCAUCAUGGCCCAGAGCAUCAAGUACCUUGGACAAGAGGAAGCCCAGCGCAUUGACGAGGAGCUCUUCAGUGAGUACGGCUUCAGUGUGGACCAGCUGAUGGAGCUCGCAGGGCUCAGUUGUGCUACCGCCAUCACAAGGGCAUAUCCACUGAGUUCCUUGGUCAAGCCCAAACCCACAGUGCUGGUUAUAUGUGGACCCGGCAACAAUGGAGGAGACGGCCUGGUCUGUGCUAGACAUCUUAAACUAUUUGGUUACGAACCCUCCAUCCUGUAUCCAAAGAGGCCCAACAAACCACUGUUUCAGGGUCUGACCACCCAGUGCCAGAAAAUGGAGAUCCCAUUUCUUACAGAGAUGCCCGAGGCUCCUGUGAUUGACGAGGCCUUCAACCUGGUGAUCGAUGCCAUCUUCGGCUUCAGUUUUAAGGGGGCGGCGCGAGAGCCUUUUGGUUCCAUCAUCGAUGUCCUGAAGAAGACCACUGUGCCCAUUGCUAGCAUCGACAUCCCUUCAGGUUGGGAUGUGGAGCAGGGGAGCGUCGACGGAUUGCACCCCGACACGCUCAUCUCACUCACCGCUCCUAAAAACUCUGCCACCCUUUUCAAGGGACGCCAUCACUUCCUGGGAGGCCGCUUUGUGCCACCAGCUUUGGAGAGGAAGUACCAGCUCAACCUGCCCCGCUACCCCGAAACUGACUGUGUGUUAAAAUUAUAAGAUUUGGUUCCUGAAAUGGUUCCUAACAUGCUUUAACCGUUUUAGAAUGCAAUAAAGAAAAUACUUCAUGAAAAGAUUCAGCCACAGAAAACUACUAAAUCAU